AUGACUACUCAUCACGACAGCACUCCUAUGGAGAUCGACAUCGAAACCAGCGGUCUUCCAUCCCCGGCUAGCACCGAAAUCCGUCCCGAAUCGCCGGGCAAGAGUGACUCUGGCAAGAGCGAUAGCAGCACGUCUUCAUACACAGAUGACUUCGAGACCUUACCAUCAAGCGGUCCGGCCAGCCAUGCUCAUAUCCUCGAUCUCGGCGAGUAUGCUGCGUCUAUGAAAGAAGAUGGCGCGCUCAAGCUCCAAGAUGCUGUCGUCACCGCUCUCUUCAACAUCUCACCGGCAACUCUCAAGUCGUUCGUCAGCCCGACCGUCAACACCUUCAAGGCUGUGUUCGGCAAGAAGGACGUUCAGCUCGUCGUAUGGCGCAAGGGUCUUGAAGUCUUUAUUGGCACCUUCGAGAACCACACAUCCAUGAAGGCGUACCGCUUCGAACACGUCGCCGGCUUCCUAAUCGGCUACGACGGCUCUUGGCACUUGAAGGUCACUGCCAGUAAUGCCUACUGCGCACCCAAGUGGCCAGAUGUCUGGGCUGGAAAGUUCGAAUGUCAUGGCGGCGUCGCGAAGAUGACCAUCGAGACCGGGGAGACGGAAAUGGCGAAGCGCGCCUCGGCUUUGGCGGCUGCUAUGAUAGAUGGCAGGUACUGGGAACUGAAGACUGAUGUCAAAAUGACUUAA